UCUCUCUCUCGCUGUUUCUCUUCCCUCUUCCUCUGCUCUGUGGUGUAAACACAGCAGCACCAGCUAACUCACAUACAUUCAUCUGUCACACUGCAAUGUUGUGCUGCUGCUUCUCUACUUUUUAAUCUCUGUGAAUUUUCCAAACCUACAAAUGGCAACUCUUUUCUGGACAAUCCUGGCGCUGUAUCCGUUUGUGGCUCAUUCUCAAAGUGGAGAUGAUGAAGAGCUCAAUGACCCUGACUGCUGGUCAUUGAUGAACCUAUCACAGUCCAGGAUAAUUUGUGUUCUGAAUGAGGAUGACCUCGAGAUCUAUGAGACAUGUGCAAAACUUUGUCCUUUUUUAUCCCAUUACAACAAUUCGGAGUGUAUCAAUGCAACUAUGGAAGAUAACAGGUUCACUUUUCAGCAUGUGAUACCUGUAUUAAAGUACACCCUGCACUUGGACUUAAGAGAAGGGCAACACCAAACAAAAACGUUUCACGUUAAGGAAAUUGUUAAAAUUCCAACCCCGCAGAUUGAAAAUGCUACAUAUAUGCUCGAUGAGGCUGUUAUACACUUAAGAUACAUGCAUGACUAUGUCAAACACCCUGAGUUCCAAGUGGAAUUCUGGGAAAACCAUUCUUCUAAUAAAGAGAAAAUGAAAGUGAACUACCAACCAAUCAGAAUAGGAGGAGACAAGCUGAGGGACAAUGACGUGUACAAGGUACGGGUCAGAGCUAAACCUGUGGACUUUUUCAAUGGGAGCUGGACUGAAUGGAGCACGGUGAAAAGUUUCAGAGUAAACCACACCAGACCGAACGAAUCUUCUCCAGUUCUGUACAUCCUUCUUUGCUUAACCCCUAUUGUGUUGGUUGUCAUCAUGUUUCCGAUCCUACGAUGGAAGAAAGAGAUACAGGCCUACAUUUUCCCAGAUGUUCCAAACCCAAAGGCCACUCUCGCUCAAAUCCACAGACAAAAGGAGCACUUACCAGUGAGUUUCAGCCCUGAAAUCUUCAAAGAUAUCAACAUUUAUCCAGUGGUUUACAAUGAGGAGAAGCAGUUCACCACUGGGUUUGGUGAAGACAAGGGUGACACAACAGAAUCCUACAAUGAUGAGGUUGCAGCUUUGAAACGUUCUUGUCCCACUUUAAUCAAUGAGAAGCAAUAUAAAGAUGACCAAAGUCUGGAUUUGGAGACAUCCCAGAUGACCGUUAGGCUGCUGGAUGAAAGUGCAUCUACUGAGGAUGUACGCAAUGACCCCGAAUGCCAAAGUGUGGCAGCUCUACAAAGACAUUCUAAAGACGAGACAUACGUCACCAUGUCGAGCCUUUAUAAAACCCAGUGAAAAAGUGGGAAAAAAAUUUCACGACAGGUAAAUCUCUCAUCUGUAGCUGCUCAAUUAAUUAGGCUGCUUUAGCCACAUGGUAGACCUCAGUUAGAAAUCCUUGACCAGAACCGGAUUACCAAAUGGCUAAUCGAAACAAAGAUAUGGUUAUUAUACAUGACUGACAGGUCUUGUAAUCACGUAUAUUAUAGCUGACAUCCUACAUAAAUAGGAAACAUGGCAACAGUGUGUAGGCAGCUGUGCAACAGGCUCAGUCAAUCCAGUAUUUCUCGCUGCUAGAAUUCUCUGAAUGUUAAACAAAAAAAAACAAAAAAAACUCGAACUCCAAAUGCUUAACAGUGUUGUGGUAUGAUUUCUUUCACCGUACGUGCCAGAGCAAGCCUUUGUGCCUACUAAUAUGAGUCAUCAAAUUAAUGCACCUCCGAGAUAUGAGUGGGUGGAUUUGCGAAGCUAUGAGAAGAGUCGAUGCUGAUUCUUGUAAAACCACUAGUGCUGUAAGCUUAGCCUUUGCAAAUGCUCUUUACUGUGUAGCUUAGUAACCUAUAAACAUACUGAAGUGAUAGCACUACUAGAGAAGCUAUUAGUUAUUUGUAAUCAAGUAAUUAAUUCAAUUAGUAAAUGCUGCAGCUACACCAAGUGCUACAUUUCAUUUUGUUGACGUAUAAAAAUAAUUUGUCCACUGACAUAUGACAAAUGACCUAAAGAGAUAUCUGUUUCUUAGGCAUUUGGGUUAACUGCCACCCCUGCUAAAAAAGAAAAGAAAAAGAAAAAUGGUAAUUCUAGUUAGUAACCUAGUAACCCAGUGUAAGAAUAUAUCUAAUGCUAAAAACGGCAAAGCACUUUUGUAAGUCGCUCUGGGAUAACUGUUAGUCCUUUACUUCACAUGACUGCUAACAUCAUUUAGUAAAGGACUCAAAGAUGUUCCUGACUGCUAACAUGACCUGUUUACAUGCAUUUACAUGCUAACAUCAACAAUGUAGCUUCAAUUAUGUAAUUUCAAAUAAGUCAUGCUACUUUUGCCGUUCAUUGUUUUCAGCGCAGCUACUUUGCUUAAGCUAACUGCAUUUUUUUUAAGUAGACUGCUCAGCAUUUGCUAUUAAGUAUUAUUCCAAUUAACUGGGUGAUUAUUUGUAAUCAAAACAUUUUAAACGUAUGUGUAUCAUAGCUUCCUCGUAGCCAAACUCUUACAUUGUGUGCCUCGUAGUUUCUCCUCAUUGUUUCUGUUUAUUAGCAUCAGUAUAACUAUUGAUAAAUGUCUUAAGACAGGAAGAAGUUAAGUCAAAGACUAAUACAACAUGAUCCUCAUAUGAGGAUCUUACAAGGAUAUAGACACAAUGAAGUAGAUUUUGAAGAAGAAAUUGCUUAGUCAUCUGUCAUAUGAGAGCAGUGGUGUCUAGAGAGGUUAAAAAGUUAAAACAUGAAAUGUGACACACACACACACACGCAGGGAAGACUAUUAAUUCAGAGAAUAAGGGACCGGUUUAAGAACAUUUUUACACUCUCUCUACAAGUUGUCUUUCCCCUGGGGAAAUCCAAGCACCAUCUUAAAGGCCUUCCAUCACUCUAUUAGCACAGAUGGAGCGAGUUAUUGACUCACCACAUGGUGUAUGCAGACUUCAGGGGUAGGAAAGGUUCUCAAUACAGGAAGUUUAAUGUGGGCGCUUGUUUUAAUAUUCAACCUGGGCUAAGCCCUAUCUAGAAGUCACUUGUUACCUACCAGAAUAUAUUUCCGAUGUAUUUCUCUUCAGUGCAUGUCAAUUUCAUGGAACUAUAUAACGUGCAUGUACAACAUAUGCCCAUGAAACAUCACUGUAAUGCAUCAGCUCAGCUGUGGUUUGGAUUUGCUCAUUGAAUGUUUUGUAGAUUUGCACGAAACCAUUGGCUUUUCUGAAAGAAGAAGUGAAAUGCUGAAACCACUUAAUAAUCAUAAUCACAGUAUGGCACGAAGUUAGCUGUUAGCAUUUUUGGAGUUCGGGCCUUUACAAAUGUAGGUACUUGUUUAAUCAUCACUGCUGAUGACAUAUACAGUAAUACAGCUGCUAGCCUUAGUCACUGUUACAGUAAUCACUGCCGAUGCCAGUCUGGUACACAGUAUUUCUUUUUGCUUUUUGUUUUUGUACUUGUGUAUGGUUUAUUUCAGUAAAUCAGAGGGAAUGUACUUUCACACAGCUGCACUGACAGCGAAGGUUUUUAAAAGCAUUACUUUUUUUAUACAAAUAUUAAGGAUCAUGUAUUCCUAUGAUUUAUAAAUAACUUGUAACUGUCUUACAAUGUACAAUCUUAAAAUGGAACUCAUUUAUUAAUCUAUGAGUAAAGCUGUGUGUAAAUGCUAUCCAUAACCCAGCUUAAUGUAUUUGCAUAAACACCAAUUAUUUUUUUGACCACACAUUUUCAAGGUAGAGCUGAUUUGCAUUUACAGUUUCCUCCACAAAACUUCUGUGAAGGUAAAGCUGAAAAUGACCAAAAACAAUCAGAACAGUAAAAGGUCUACGCUUCAGUGUGGCGCACGUCAUUGCAACGCAUCGUCUACUACAGAUAUACCGGAUUUUUGUAAAUAGAAUAUUUCUUGUGCCGUCUUCAAAUGAUUUAUGUACAAAUCUAUACAUAGCCAGUUUGAUGAUUGAUGCCCAUUAAGUCCUGCCUACUGUAAAGUGGAUGAUUUAAAUAUACAGUAUUCUUAGAUUUUAUUCCUAAUCACUGCUUUAUUACUUGUAACAUCACAUUUAACUGAAUUCCAUCUCUCACAAGCCCUUACUGGUAAUUGUUUUAUUAAAACAAGGCAUUUACAGUGUAUAGUACAUUUCAAUAAUUACUUGUACUACUGGCUUUUUUUAAAGAUUUUGCACAACAUAACCAGAUAUUAAAAGACAUUCUAAACCCUAA